UCAUCCAUUUUUGGUUUGGCGGUCUUGCCGGAGGUUUCGUUGGACAAGGCUUUGUUGUCUUGUUGUGUAGGAGGAUCGGCAAGGUUGUUACAUGUUACAGAAUCCGGCCCACGUUAGUGGCAAACCGUGCUUCGUACAACUUACAAGCUGAGAACCGUGGCUUUGGAUAAAUGUACAAGAUCCUUCUGUUGGUGUCAUUCCUGAAUUCAUUCGCGAGAGGAGGGCCAUACGAUGUCGAUUUGCCGGACAAGCACAUUCCAUAUUAUCUCUUCAACGACAGGGGACUCGCAGAGAAAUGCCUGGAAGACGAGUCGUGCCCGUGGAAGGAUCAUGCUGAGAAUGAAAUGAAAUGCUGGGGGUAUGAGUAUAAAUGUCAGAAUCAUGAAGUGUUUUCAAAACACGAAUGCCCAGGGGCUCACAAGGGUUGGGUGAGAUCGAAAGAGGAACAAAUGAAAACUUUCUACAACCAGGGGGAUUUUGGUUACAUCAAGGAAAAAGCCAAUGAACUCACUGUAAUCUGCGAACCGACGUUUUUGCAAGACUCAGCUUUGGAGUGUACGAAACACCUUCAGUUUUGCCGAGGGAGGAAUAUCAUGAUUAAUUUCACCGCGUUGAAUGAAAGGAAGGAACCCUUGCGAUAUAAAAUGGACGUACUUAAACAAGGAGAAAUCGGCGGUCACUGCAAACUCCAUACUGACAGAUUGAACGAAGAAAGUGAUCACAUCAGCCCUUUGCAAUCCUGGGGGCCAGAGAUGAGGUAUUUCACCGAAAUCGAUGAUAUCGUCGAUUCUGAACUCUGUGAUACUUACAUUGAAAAGCCUGUGAUAAUUAUGAAAAUAGACGCAACAGUAAAUAUGUACCACCACUUUUGUGAUUUCCUUAAUCUUUAUGCUUCCCAGCAUUUGAACAGUACUAACCAACCGAAAUUCUCUACUGAUGUGCACAUACUUAUCUGGGAAAGUUACAGAUAUUUCUCUAGUUUUGGGGUGACAUUCGAAGCGUUCACGGAUCACCCCAUCUGGAAUUUGGACACAUUUAAAGGUCGGUCGGUUUGUUUUAAAAACAUCAUGUUUCCUCUCCUUCCUCGAAUGAUAUUCGGCCUUUAUUACAACACACCAAUCGUAUGGGGAUGUGAGAAGAGCGGACUUUUUCAAGCGUUUUCUGAGCAUAUACUUCACAGACUCAGGAUCCCAAAGCAUACUCCAAAAGACAAACGUUUGAGGAUAACGUUCUUGUCUAGGGACACAUCACAUAGGAAUAUACUGAACGAGGAUCAACUUAUUGAAGCUUUAAAAAAUAAUACUCAAUAUAAUGUUAAGAAGGUUGUUUACAAUCAAAGAAUGCCUUUUAAAGAACAACUAGAAAUUACAUCAAAUUCAGAUAUAUUCAUAGGCAUACACGGUGCCGGUUUAACCCAUCUAUUAUUUCUACCUGAUUGGGCCGCAGUAUUUGAAGUGUACAACUGUGAAGAUGUGAACUGUUACUUCGAUCUUGCCAGGCUCAGAGGUGUGAAGUACUUCACCUGGAAGGACAACACCAAAAUGUAUCAGCAAGAUGAGGGUAAACACCCAGACGGAAAGGCUCACGCAAAAUUUACAAACUACCAAUUCAAUGUGGCUGAGUUUAUGAAGAUUGUCGGUAAAGCUGAAAGACACGUUUUGAAACAUGAGAAAUACAAGCAAUUCAUAAGUCAGAUUGACUUAAUCGACCCCAAGUUUAUAACUACAUUGGAAGACCACGAUGAACUCUAAAAUUCAAGAUAAUUUAUAUUUUGGAUACUCUCACACUUUAAGACUAAAACGUUUACUUAUCCUUUGUACUUGUCCUUUUUUUUAUAAAUUAAUUUAUUUUGUUGUUAAUAAAGUUUUUGUUCUUUUUCAAA